UGGUUGAUGUCCGCCUGGAGCCUUGCAGUGUCUGCAAUGGAAGACACUGUCAUGCAGAUUCGGGUGUCAUCUGCAAAGAAAGACAUGGUGCUGUGACUGACAUCCUUGUCUAUGUCAGAUAUGAGGAUGAGGAACAAGAUGGGAGUAUAUGACCAGCCAGAUGUUUACGAGACUUGUGACCUGCCAGAGAGUGAGCAAGAAUAUUCAUUGAACGAUAGUGGAGACAGUAGUGGUGCUGUGGAGACACUCCAUAUAUCUGCCAAUGAUGCUCAUUCUCAUUUUAGAGGCAAGAUAUUGGAUGCAUCUUAUGUUGAUUUCUCUGAUCGAAUUUCCUAUGCCCAUCGUCGUGGCUAUGAUGCAAGGCGAGUUGAGUGGGAAGUUGGUGGAGAUUUAGAAGAGGAGACUGUAACCCAGAAAUACCAACGUUUAAAAUGUGAAGUCAAUCAACUCGUAGAGGAAGUAGAAGCUAUCAAGGAUUCUGUACCAUGUGGUGAUGGUUUAGUGUCAUCAGUGGAGUUAGGCAAGCAUGUAGAAGACCUCCAGCAUACUCUGGUUGAUCUUAAACUGGAGGAUACUCUUGGUGCUGAUAUUGUUGCAGCCAUCUCUCAACCUCAGUUAACUCUUCAAAAAAAGCUUACCAAUUUGCUGGAAAUGUUUAAACAGGCUAGUUUAGUAUCACAGAUGAAAGGCAGUAAUGUGAAGCAGGAGGGAAAACCGUCAGACGAUGAUAGUAGUACUGCUCCUGCCAUGUCAUACAAUCUCUGCUAUGCACCUGAACAUGCACGGCUAAAUCAGCUUGCUAAUGCAGCCAUGCUGGAAAAGAGAAUUGAUCAACUUGAAACAUUAAUUGGCAACAACCCAGAUAAGCUUUCAAGUCUCUCUACUUGGACCAAUCAUAAAUCAAUCGUGGGCGCUGUGCAGGUUUUAAGUGCACGAUUAGCCCUUCUUGAACCUGCACACUUGGAUCACGUAGAGGGGCGACUGCAUGCAGUGCAUACUCGUAUGAAUUCCAUAUCAGAAAAGAAAGCAGUUAUUGAAGAUGCAGACAAACAGAGUAAGGUAUCGGAGCUUUAUGAGUUGGUUAAGAAGACAGAGGGUCUUUGCUCCACUCUUCCUGAAGUUGUUAAGCGUUUGAUGUCUCUUGAGGCUAUGCAUGAACAAGCAAUGCAGUUCAGUGCAUCACUGAAGCAACUGGAUGUUGCCCAGACCCACCUCAGUGCAGCCUUGCACUCUAAUGCAGAGUUGUUGGCUGGUGUGCAGAAGAAAUUUUCUCACAAUCUUGAAAUCAUCCAAACCAACAUUGCCAAUCUUGAUUCCCGUGUUCAGGCACUCCAGUCAAAGUAGUAACAAGGCAUAUCAUUCUUUUUAAUAAUUUAUUGGUAUAUAUUAUUUACAUUAUGGCUUGUUUAAUUUGAAGUAGAAUAUUUUAUUGAAAGAUAACAUAUUGAAACAAAAUGUGAAUUAUAUUUAGGGCAAGUGCUCAACUCUUAGUGCUCGUACAGUUCCUGAGGAAUGGGAGAUAAUCAAGUUUGAUCCAGGGGAGAGAGCUUGUUCAAUUCCAUGGAUCAAGAACCCCUCAUCAUCAUUAUGGAACCUUGGGACAGUUCAUUGAAAAGUAUUAGAAAGUUUAACUUUUAGAUCAGUUUUAUGCAGAACUUACUUAUUAACAGUAACUUGCUUCAAUGCAUGUUGAAUAAGCAGUGGCACUUAUACAACAAAAAUAAAUCUUAAGGGUUAAAUUGUUUCCAAAAUUUCUGCUAGAGCAAAUUAGCCAGUAAUCUAAUCUGAUAUUUAAUAGAAAUUGUGUUUUAAGCAUUCUGUAUAUAGGCAGCAUGAAAUGUUAGUGCUGUGUAAUACAAGUGGUUGGUUGAUUAGGUUUAAAACCAAAUAACUUGUAUAAUACAGUACAGAGGAUUACUGUAAGGUGUGUGUUAACAGUCUGCUACUUGUGAGAGAUGUCCUACCUGUGUCUGUCUUGAUUAGGAACUGAAGAACUUUAGCAGAUAGUCUUGGUUGCAUUUAUUCCUAGUUAUUUAGGCUUCAAAACUGACAACUGUUAUGGUUUCUUAUAAGUCGUAAUAGACGUAAAAAUUAUAUAAAAUUCAAGUAUACAGUAGAUCCCCAACUUGUGAUAUUUUGCCUUCAUAUGUUUGCAUUUUGGAAAUGUAUAAAAGUACUAAUCUCCAGUUACAGUCAUUGCAAAUAUUCAAACAUUAUUGUUUUAAAUGAAUUUAUUUUUUUUAACAAAUGCAUUCAUAGUUUGUGUAUAUUUUAUGCAUGUAUAGAGCUCACCUGUGGAUUUAAUAUUUAUGAUAUUCUUAAAGCUCACAGUUUUUUCUUGGAUAGAUUUUUGAAAUGCAUUAUUACUCUGUGUUGUAGGUUCAUAUUAAGACACGUAUAAAUCAUUUUAUUAUAUUCAGUAGGGAGGGGAGUGCUAAAUUCAUAGAGGUCAUACAUCUGGAGAGAUGGGAAGCAGUUUCAAUCCAAGGAGUGGAUCAAGAGGCCUAUGCCACAUCAAUGAACCUUGAGGGGUGCACAGAUAGUGUUCACAUUUGUUUGAUAAAGAUUUGGUCAAGAACUGGAAGUUUAAUGUUCGUAAUAUUAUUUACACCUGAAUUACAAUUUGUAUUAAAUACGUAUGUAUUUUGUGUGUGUACUUUUUAAUCAUGUCUGGAGUUUAUUUGGUAGAGAUUGAUAAAGAACUGUAGAUUAAAUAACUUUGUUCUGUUGUAGCCACCUCUAUAGGCUGCUGUCUGCACAUAUGGACACAGCCAGUGAGUGAGGCACAUAACAGCAGGAGCUCACACCACACCCUCUUUCUUGUAUUAUUAUUCUACCCACUAUCUCCCACUUACACAAAGUCUCGAGUUAAAUACAGUGGACCCCCGCAUAACGAUCACCUCCAAAUGCGACCAAUUAUGUAAGUGUAUUUAUGUAAGUGCGUUUGUACGUGUAUGUUUGGGGGUCUGAAAUUGACUAAUCUACUUCACAAUAUUCCUUAUGGGAAAAAAUUCGGUCAGUACUGGCACCUGAACAUACUACUGGAAUGAAAAAAAGUUCGUUAACCGGGGGUCCACUGUACAACGCGAGUGAAGACUGUCAAGUUGUUGCCUGCCCCUCUGCAUCUAUACUGUACUGAAGUUCCAUUCUUUUAAACUUUAAAGGGAGGUUUCUUGAUGCACGUGAGGGGCUUCUGAUUGAAUUUUAUUGCUUCUCAUUUCCCCAGGCUCUGUAUGACCCCUACGGGCUCGGUGUUAUCCCUGCGUGAAUGUAAAAUCUUUUUAAUGCAUAAAUUAAACUGUUCAGUACUACUGUAUUAGUAAUUGAAAAGGAACUACUAACUAUAAAAUAUUGGCUACAUAUUACUAGUUAAAAAAUUAAUGAAAUUAGAUAUAGAAUAUUAAUGGUCAGGAAAGUAUCUCCAACUAUAACAUGUCUAUGGGAAAAUAAGUUCCGAGUUCCAAGUAUUCGACUAACAAUUUUUGUGAAUAAAUUAACGCCGUAAGAGGGGGGGAGAUCUACUGUAUGCAUGUUCCUUUAAGCAGUAUUAAGGGAUUUGCUGGAUCUUAUUAGAUAUGCACAAAUUUUGAUAUGCUGCACUGGCAUAAUGUGUGAUGAAGCAUUAAUGGAAGUUUUGGAAUUUUAAUACUGUAUUGGUAUCUAUAUUUUGCAAAUGUGGCACACUGCACAGCUAAGGGUUAGAGAAAAUGUACUCCAGAUCUUUGUGUGAACAUGUAAUAAAACUGCAUAGCUAGAAUUUGGGUAUGAAUAUUUUUUUAGAGGCAUACAUUCGUGGGAAAAUACUGAAUCUGUAGGGGGUCAUGCUGCAUCUGGGGAAUAGGUAGUAAGGUUUGAUCCAGCAAAAAGUAGGGCAGGUCUAAUUCCUUGGAUCAAGAGCCUCUCACUGACAAGGAGCCUCUCUCAGUUGAAGGCAGGCAAAGAGGAUAUGUAACCAUGAAACCUUAAAGUAUUUUACUGUGUCAGUGAGGGUCUCUUGAUCUGAAGAAUUGGGCCCCAUCUUCCUUUGGUUCAAACCUGAUAGCCUCUCAUUCACUUGUAUGUUUUAUAGAUCCUACGGGCUUAUUUUUUUUUUUCUCCCACGAAUGAAAUAAUUACCUUUAGCACACUCCUGCUAUGCUUAAUGGUGGUAUAUAAAAUGACUUGCUAAUUUCCUCAUUCAUGAAGCACUAAAGGAAGAUGUAAAGGGAUUCCACAAGUAAA